GGAGGCCUGGAUGCUGGCAGUGUCUCAGGCCAAUAAGACGUCUCCUAGGUGAUGUCAUGGAGGCAGCAUUGAUGCUGUUGCUGAUGCUGUUGCCCGGCGCCUGUAUCCGUUCAGCCAGAUAGAGGUAACCGUAGACACCGGUCCACCAUCAGCAUCAGAGAAGACAGGGACAGAGGGGGACUGAGACGGAUCUUCAGCAUCCCUGGAGAGUUACACACGCACUGAGAAGAUGACUCUGGCAGCCUAUAAAGAGAAGGUCAAAGAGCUCCCUCUGGUGUCUCUAUUCUGUUCCUGCUUCAACCCUCAGACUGCAGAAAAAACAACGUACAAGGCAGAAGAUGCAGUGGACCUUGGCUGGUGCGUCAUCAAAGAAGUGGAAGUGAUUGAGAUAAACAAACGGGCUUCAGGCCAAGCCUUCGAGGUCAUCCUAAAGCCCCCGUCCUUUGAUGGCGUGCCAGAGCUCAAUACCUCCAUGCCACAGCGCCGUGACCCAUCUUUGGAAGAGAUCCAGAAGAAGCUGGAGGCUGCCGAGGAGAGGCGGAAGUGCCAGGAGGCCGAGCUGCUGAAGCACCUGGCUGAGAAGAGGGAGCACGAGCGCGAGGUGAUCCAGAAGGCCUUUGAGGAGAACAACAACUUCAUCAAGCAUGCCAAGGAAAAGCUUGAGCAGAAGAUGGAGGCCAACAAGGAAAACAGGGAGGCCCUGCUGGCCGCCAUGCUGGAGAGACUGCAGGAGAAGGACAAACAUGCAGAAGAAGUGAGGAAGAACAAGGAGAUGAAGGAGGAAGCCUGCCGGUAGAUAAGUGCAAGCUGGGGAAGAAAAACAAAGAGGAAAAAGCGGACUGGGAAUUUUAAAGUGGGUACAAAAAAUUAAACCAAAACAGAGCAGGAAAAAAGAACUCCAAAACUACUUCAAGAAGUCAAAUUUUCUUAUUGAAUGGAGCAGUUAUGAACAAGCUGUACAAAGUUAAGCCUACUCUUGAUGUUUAAUCUGAAAAAUAAUCUCUUUUUUUAAAGGAAAGUUGGGGGUCCAUUGAGACAAAACAUUUAAUGUUUUUAAAAAGGGGUAACAAUGGUUUUGAGGUGAGGAAUGAAACCUGCAUCAAAAUAGAAUAAGCUAAAAUUUUAAAUCAUAUCUUCCCCAUUUCAGCAGUCCUUAAAACAGACUUUUCUGCCAACUGAGCUGUGUGUUCGUGGUUCUAGUGAUAGCAAAAUGAACACAAAUUGCAACAAAUUUAUCAGAAUCACAUUUAUCAAAAAUAGACACACAGAUGUAGAUCGAGGACCCAUAGUCCUUCAAAACUAAUGCAAGUCACAGUCAAGAGUCCCAGACUUCUUUGAUUUGCAGGAUACUAACAAACCAUACAUAUAAACAGGACAUAACACGCAUACUGCACUUCUUCUGUCUCUAAAUAAAAACAGAAGAUUUCCCCGGGCCCCCCACUUCCAUGCUUAUUUUCCUCCACACAGUUUAUUGGAGGUUUUGGUCUUGGAAAGUCUGCUGUGAGUGUGCUCUGCUAAGUGAAUCCCUCAGUAUGGUUAAUGAAAAUAAAAAGGAGCAUCAGGCUUUUGUUUCUUUGGACAGUGCUAAAGGGAAGAACAAGAAACACAAAGCUUUAAAAAGAAGGAGGCUUUACUGUGUUCUGCCAUCAGGCUCUUUGUGAAACUUAAACUCGUAGUGUAGAUGUAGAUCAGUGACAUGCAUUUGAGACUCUUAGAUUUAGAGCACUGAUUGCACUCUUUUUUCAUUAAGCACAACUCGAAAGCACACAUGCAAACAUGAAAGAAGGCAAAUAUAUACAGUCUGAACAACAAUAACAUCUCAGAGAGUUACAGGAUCAGAACAUAUUUGGCUUUGAGAGGAUGAGUUCUGGGGUCUCUGGCUCACCAGCAGUCUCCCUUUGCUUUGGCAUGUGUCACUAGUAUCAGUUUUUGAUUUCCAAAGGAAGUGAAACACAUUAGAGUUACAGAACGGUGAAAUUUGCUUGAGUUGUUGAGUCAUACUGACUUUAUUGAAGUGUCAAAAAAGUUGCACUGUAACUGAGAGGUCGUAACAUGGGGUUUAUACUUGCUGUAAUUGUGUGUUGCUGUAUAUCCUAAAGGCUGGAUUGAUUGUUAUUAUUUGGCAUGGUCAGUAAAAACAGCUUGACUGAAUAAA